GAAAAUGGAUAGAAUAUCUUAUCCACCCCAAAUCUCCAUCCUUUCCUCCCCUUGGAUUCCACAGUCACACACCCUCCAAAACUCCCCACUCCCACCACCUCCACCGCCACUCGAUGGAUGCUCUCUUCGUGAAUACUUCUCUCUCUCGCCUCAAACUCUCCCCCAAACCCACUUCUCUCUCCCCUCUCCCCUCCCUUCCUCUCCACUCUCUCCACCUCCGACCCUCCCGUCGAUUCAACCUCACAGUCUCUCAGAAGCAGUUUGAGGAAACAGAGGAGGUGUUGAAAGAUGAAGUGUUCGACAGCUACAAUGAGGAUGAGUCGUACGGGGAGGUCAGCAAGAUCAUCGGCAGCAGAGCGGCGGAGGGCGGGAAAGGGAUGGAGUAUUUGAUCGAGUGGAAGGACGGCCACGUCCCUACGUGGGUCCCCGCCCGUUACGUCGCCGGGGACGUGGUGGCCGAGUACGAAAGCCCCUGGUGGACCGCGGCGAAGAAGGCCGACGACGCCGCGCUGAAGGCGCUGUUGGAAUCCGGCGACGGCCGCGACGUCGACGCCGUCGACGAGAAUGGCCGGACCGCGCUCCUCUUCGCCGCGGGCCUGGGGUCGGAGGCGUGUGUCCAAAUCCUCGCUGACGCCGGCGCGGACUUGAACCACCGCGACAACGGCGGCGGCGGCUUGACGGCCCUCCACAUGGCUGCUGGGUACGUGAAGCCCGGCGUGGCUCGGCUCCUCAUCCGGCUGGGCGCGGAUCCAGAGGCGGAAGACGACAGAGGACGUACGCCGUUGGAUCUUGCAAGAGAGAUGCUGAGAGCAACACCCAAGGGAAACCCAAUGCAGUUCGCGAGAAGGCUUGGGCUCGAGAAUGUGGUGAGAGUUCUGGAAGAGGCAAUAUUCGAGUACGCGGAGGUGCAGGAGAUUAUGGAGAGGAGAGGGAAGGGUCAAAAUCUGGAGUACUUGGUCAAAUGGAAGGACGGUAGUGAUAACGAGUGGGUCAAAGCUGGGUUGAUUGCAGAGGAACUGGUGAGGGACUUCGAGGCCGGGCUAGAAUACGCUGUGGCGCAGGGAGUAAUGGGGAAAAGGACUGGAGAUGAUGGGAAGAUGGAGUACUUAGUGAAGUGGACGGAUAUAGAUGAGGCCACGUGGGAGCCUGAGGAGAACGUUGACCCUGAUUUGAUCAAGGCGUUUGAGGAAAAUGGGGCCGCUGAUCUAGAGGCCCAUGUUGAAGGUGGGUCAUGAUUUCAGUUGGGUGGGGGCCUCUAUUGUUCCCAUAUCUCAAUGUAAAAGGUUUUGGAAGUUGAUUUACAAUAAGUUUUCAUGUCUUCAAUUUUCAUAUUGUAAUUACAAGAUUUGUGGUGAAAGGGGAUGAGCGAAGAGAGAGAGAGAGAGUGAUUGAAGGAAUGCCUUCAAUCAUACCUUUCUGUAAUUACAAGAUUUGUGGUGAAUGCACGUGGGUCCCAUACACAUUUGAUCA